UCAGUGAUCACCAUCAGAUUGCCAACUCUUGCAGGGCGUCUGCAUUCAACAAAUAUAAUCAUCGAAAGAGAGAAGAAUAGAAAGAGACGGGCUCCUAUCUUCCUUCCAACUUUGCUUCCCCAACCCGGUAUCAUCCACGCCAACUUUCUUCGCUUUCAUCGUCGAAGUGCCGUCCUUUUCAGCAUCCUUCCCUGUGUCUCUCUGCCGCUGUCUCUACGUCCCAAAAUUAAGCGAAGUAAAGGAAUCAGAAGAGGACUUUAUUCUCUGACGCCAACUUUCUUCGCUUUCAGCGUCAAAUGCCUUCCCUUUCAGCAUCUCCAACUUUGCAUCUUUCCUAUAUCUCUCUUUCUUUUUUGGUGAUCUCCGCAACGUUUUAGCUACCAGCGCGCGCGGCGGCGGCAGAGAAAGAUCCCAGCUUUGGCGAUCCCGAGGCCGUUCCGGCUACCAGCAAGCGCGGAGGCGUAGAAAGAACCCUCAUUUCGAGAUAUCGAGGAUGCUGCGCUCGUGCUUGAGGCCGCUGGAGCGAUGCUCCGGGAGGCUCGGCGGCGGCGACGGGCUGCUGUGGCACAUGGAUCUUAAACCCCAUGCCUCCGGCGAGUUCUCCAUCGCCGUCGCCCAGGCCAACGUCUCCCUCGAGGACCAGGGCCAGGUGUUCGCCUCCCCUUCCGCCACCUACAUCGGCGUCUAUGAUGGCCACGGCGGCCCCGAGGCGUCUCGAUUCAUCAGCAACCGCCUUUUCUCCCAUCUCGAUCGGUUCGCGUCGGAGCAAGGGGGCUUGUCCUCGGAGGUGAUCAAACGAGCGUUUGACGCGACGGAGGAGGAGUUUUUGUAUCUGGUGAAGCGGUCAUGGCGGUCACGGCCACAGAUGGCGUCGGUGGGGUCGUGCUGUCUCAUCGGGGCGAUCACUGACGACAGACUCUACGUGGCCAAUUUGGGGGACUCCCGGGCUGUUCUCGGCCGCUGCAGCUUGGGUGGGAGGGCCGUGGUGGCCGAGCGGCUGUCAACCGACCACAAUGUCUCAAUGGAGGAAGUCAGAAAGGAGGUUGCUGCGAAUCAUCCUGACGAUAAGCAAAUUAUUGUGCAUACCCGUGGGGCUUGGCGGAUCAAAGGGAUCAUUCAGGUCUCCAGGUCUAUCGGGGACGUCUACUUGAAGAAACCCGAGUUCAGUAGCGAUCCAUUGUUCCAGCAGUUUGUUUCUCCUGUUCCAUUGGAGAGGCCUGUCAUCACCGCAGAGCCAUCAAUUCGGGUCCAUAAGCUUAAGCCACAUGACUUAUUUUUUAUAUUUGCAUCAGAUGGACUAUGGGAGCAAUUAAGUGACGAAGCUGCAGUCAAGAUAGUAUUCAAGAACCCAAGAGCAGGAAUAGCGAAACGAUUGGUCCGAGCUGCUCUAAUUGAAGCUGCAAGAAAACAGGGAAUGAGUUAUGAUGAUCUAAAACAUAUUGAAAAGGGAAUUCGACGGCGUGUUCAUGACGACAUCACUGUUGUAGUGAUCUAUAUUGAUCAGCACCAUCAAGGUGGUCAUUCCAGAUUCAACCGCAGCAAUCAUGACUGCACUAGUGCACCUGUUGACAUCUUUUCAUUCAAUUUUGAUGAAUCUGAAGACCCUCUUCGGCGAGCUGAGUAAAUACUAUGUGGAGGUCAACCUGUACAAGUACAUAAUCUGUCGAUUUCAUUAUCAAUAAUGCUUCGAUAUAUAUAAUCUGUCUACCAUAAGCCUAUGAUCUAACAUAAGGUGCAGAAAAUUGGGUUGUUAGCUACUGUCGAAUUCGUGGGCAGCCGGUGAUGCCAAAGCAUGACCUAAGACUUGAGAUUUUUGGUAUGCACUUUUGUUGACAUUUUAUCAUAAUGUUGUAAACAUGUUUCAUUUUCAAAAUAAUUAUGAUGAUAAUAAUCGAGAAGUUGUAUCAAAGUGAUUGUUUGUGAUCGUAUGCAGUUUAGCAUUCAUCUCAAUUGCCAUUCAGAGGAGUUUGUUGUAAUUGGGCCUUUGCGAUUAGUGUGUUC